AUGCUGCCUCUAGGAAGCAACAGAAAGGCUCUAAACAUGAAACUCCCUUGGCUUGUGAUCUGGGCUGGAAUGCUGUUUUUGAAUCCGGUCACUGCUGACUGCCAUAUUACUUCUCAAACUGUCACUUGUGAGGCAUCUGGAAAGAACCUCUCUAAUAUCCCCACUAACCUUUUCCAAAGUGCUACUACAUUAAGCCUCAAAAAUAAUAAAAUCACUUUAAAAGAUAGUGACAAAGAGAUUCUUCAAAGUUUUAUUAACCUUACUGAACUUUAUCUGAAUGAAAACAUGAUUACUGUACUGUAUAAUAACAGCUUCUGUAAUCUGACAAAACUUGUAAUUCUGGAUAUCAGCAAUAAUCAUAUUAGCACAGUUCAUAAAGCAGCAUUUGCAGGAUUAAAUCAACUGUCAGUCUUGAAUCUAUCCUAUAACACAAUUGCUCAACUAGAUUCAGAUGUAUUUACUUCUCUAAAAAGUCUGACAGUUUUAAAUCUACAGUAUAACUUUCUGAAAUCUUUUAAUAUAAAAUCAUCUUUUAAAUUGAUUAAAAUUGUUUUAGCUGGAAACCCAUGGACCUGCUCUUGUGACCUCCUUGAUUUACAGAUAUGGCUAACUGCCUCUAAUGUGACAUUGGAAAAUGAAAACAACACCACAUGUACAUUCCCAAACACCAAGGAAAAAUUAUCUAUCAAGAUAACAGCUAUCCAACCAGCUGACUGCAAAAUUGAAAAAGCUUCUUUAGAGCACAUUAUAACUUCCACUUCUGCCAUUAAGCUUAGAAGUAGAGCCUUACUAACAGAUUUGACUCCAAACAACAUCACUGGAAACAAUGGAACACAUGCAGAGUUACCAAUUCUUGGCAAGAGUUGGACCUUCCUAGCGGGUGUCCUAGGGUUUGUCCUAAGUACUACACUCCUGAUUUUUACUGCUGUAAAAUGCCCAACGUGGUAUCGCUAUUUCAUCAGCUACAGUCACCGUCGUCUGGAAGAAAAUGACUCUGAGAUGUCUGAACAGGAGUUCUCAGCUGACACAAGUUCUUUUCCUACAGUAUCGGGUACAAACAAUGAAGAUCCCAUAGUAAUAUUUGAAAAAAUUCAUGCAUUUGUGCCUGGGGAAGAUGGAUUUAUUGAGGAUAAAUACAUAGAUUCUUAUGUAACUGAGGAGAGUUAAUGUCUUAAACAAUGGAUGAUGAACCGACUUUUCAAAACUAGUACACCUGUACUUCCAUAUUAUGCUACUUAUGUAAAAUACACAAUGAAGCUAAGCAGUCCAUCUCUUUUUAUCUCGUCAAAUCCAUAACAAGGUAUUGAUUGCUUCAUGAGUCAUGAAGUUAAAAAAUAUGAUGUGCAUGCAUUAGUGGCACAACAAGUAUUUCAAAACAUGCAAAAAAUACUCAUAAUCCACCUUAUAUAAAAAACUAUUUGGUUACUUAUGGCUGGGGGGAGAGUUUACUGUAUAUUGCUUACAAUUAACAAGUUUUUAUAAACCAGCUUAUGAAGCUGGCGUAAUCACUAAUGCUUUAAUUGUGAAGAAGUCCAAAAAGGAAGAGUAAUUUCUCUAAAAUGUUGAAGCAGAUCACAGCUAGACUGGGGACUGAAUCCAAAUCAGUGGUGUCACAGCUCAGUAGUCUAUUAGGCAAAACUAACACGAUCAGAGAACAGAGCAUUUGGGUUUUUUUCCUUUUUCACCCAAAUUAUCAGAUCAAGAAAGACCCAUUGCUCCAUUCCCUUAAGUGUGUCUACAUACACCACAAUGAUAAAUUACCAUUAUUAUAUAUCUAAUGCCUUUAUGCCUUAGUUUUCCGC